AUGAAACUACAGGAGAUUAAGAUUCCGAUAUUUUAUGGCGAGAUGAAUCAAUGGUCAUCAUUUAGCGAUCUUUUCCAAGGUUUGGUGCAUAAUUCGAAGCACUUUACUAAAGUAGAAAAGAUGUUCCGGCUGAAGUCGUCAUUAGAAGGAGAAGCUGGAAGAUUAAUUCAGCAUUUACCGGUAACCGAAUACAACUAUGAAGCCGCUUGGCAAAUCCUCAAGGAAAGAUAUGAAAACAAAAGGCUGCAAUUCACAACACAAGUGGACAGACUUCUUGAUCAACCAACAGCAAAUGGGAAAAUUGCGGCAAGCAUGAAGCAGCUUUUGGAUACCACUAAGGAAUGCAUUUAUGCUCUUAAAGGGCUUAAAUUUAAUUUAAAUGACGAGCAAGCAAUUAUAACUCGGAUAGUUGUUCGGAAACUAGACAAAGAAAGUCUCCGGUUAUAUGAGCAGAAUGUCAAGAAAACUAGGGAUAUCCAAAGCCUAGAUGAUGUUUUCCGUUUUCUGGAGCAGCAAUAUCAAGCUCUAGAAGCUAUACGAGACAGGAAAACAACUAAAUGGAGCAAUAAAAAGCAGCCACAACGAGCACCCACAUUCUAUACAGCUGCACAAAAGACCUGUAUAUAUUGCAAGAUUCCUGGGCAUCAAAUUGUUGAAUGCAGAAGGUUCCAGGCAUUCACUACGAUGAAUCGUAGAGGUUUCAUAGUAAACAAUAAGCUAUGCAAUAUUUGCCUCGACCACGUAUAUGAAGGCAAUUGCAAGAAUAAGAAAAAAUGCAGUAAGUGUGGAAGAAAUCAUCAUAAUUUACUGCAUUACAAUGAAUUCCAGAAGGAAAAAGGAGCAGGUGAAGAAAAUGCAAUAAAAAAAUCAUCCACUAUGAUGACAAAAAACUCCGAAACAGCAAUACUUCUAGCAACAGCCCAGAUAAGAGUGAAGGCGGCAAAUGGAGAGUACGUGACAUUGCGAGCACUAAUCGAUCAAGGAUCACAGAAGACUACCAUUUCUGAAGAAGCCGCUCAAACACUACACUUGCCAAAGAGAAGAGAAGUAACUGAGCUGCAAGGGCUAGGAAAUACUACAGUGGGAGUCUCCAAAUUUAAAGUCAACAUUGAAAUCAGGCCGAGAUUCCUAAGCAACGAAGUGUACAAUGUCGAAGCACUGAUUUUGCCGAAAUUGGCGAGUGUACAACCUGAUAAAACAUUUAAAUGGGAUAUAGAACAAUGGAGAAACUAUACCUUAGCUGAUCCCAACUUCAAUAGGUCAGAUCGAAUCGACGUCGUUAUUGGAGGAGAUGUAUAUGCUGACAUAUUAGAAGAAGGCAUAUUUAAGAAAGAUCGAAUAUUGGGCCAAGCUACGAAAUUAGGAUGGAUAUUGUCGGGAGUUUUACAACAACCGAGAAAAAUUGGUAGAAUUCUAGCGGCGGUGACCACAACGUUGGAGAAGUUUUGGGAAAUAGAAGACACCACAGAACCAACAUAUAUAGAAGAUGAUGAUGAAUGUAUGAAGAUAUUUGAUAAAACGACAACAAGAGAUGAAAAUAAUAGAUUUGUCGUCAAUCUACCUUUUAAGAAAGAAAAAGAGUUAGGCGACUCUCGCCAACAAGCAAUGGCGAGGUUUCUUAAUCUUGAGAAAAAGUUGGCUUGA